AAAACAGUAGGUAAAAAAUGUUUAAGCUUUUCUUUCUCUUCAUUGAAUAAAUAAAUGUGCUGUGGUAAUAACUGCAACUAUUUAAUAAUGUAGUUAUUAAGUGAAGUUUUAUAUCUCAUAAUAUAUGUGUUUUUUAUGUACUUACUAUAAAUUUGUAACAGGUUGUUAUGUGAAGUUUUGAAAUUCCUUUUUAGUUAAAUUUUCUGCCUUUACGAUUUAGGCGGUUACAUACUGCACUGGAGCUCGUGUAUAUUACUAACAAAUGAUGGCGUAUAGAAAUAUUUGAUCUUCUAAGCCGGACUCCUUAGGACGUGACAAUGGCAGACUCACAAGUUACAAGUAUUGUGAAUGAAAUAUUGAGAGUGGAAGCUGUGGAAGAGGCAUUUAGCUGUUUUCUGGUAUACAAACCAGAACAAGAAAAUGAACGUUUAUCAAUGUAUCAAAAGAAACUAUGUGCGGUAAUGACUACCUUAAGUGCAGACUCGCAAGAGUCAGCCAUUCGACAGUACCUUACCCAUACAGCAGUUUUAACAAACAGAUUUAAAAUGAAACAGUUACUAACACUCCUUGAAAACUUGGUCAAUACUAACAUUCUUCAAGCACGCAUGCUCUGCGACUGUAUUUUAACAAGUGAAAAACUUGUUUAUCAAAAUGCUGACUACUGGAUACAAUGUUUUAAUUUGAUUAGAAGAGUUAUUGGAGGCGUUGAUUACAAAGGUGUAAGAGAAAUCAUGAAAGGCUGUAGAGAAAAAGCUUUUACAUUGCCAGUAAGACUGAACUCUAGCACAAUGCCCCAACUAAAAGCACUGUACAAUGUUAUUGAAUACAUUUUUGACCGAAAUGCGUCACUGCUACCUGCAUAUUUUAUUGUAACAGAAAUUCACAAAGAUUAUCCUGAUAAUAAUCACUGGCCUCAUUGGCAACUAGCAAAUCUAUUAACUAGUUUUGUAGAAAGUUUUAAACCUUGUGCUCAAAUGGUUUCUGUAAUUGGCCAUUCACACAUGUUGCCAGUAGUCGAGUUUUCUGGUUAUGCUGACCAUCUUGUCAAUCCGUGGCGACUAGAUCCAAUCACAUUGAAAUUUUCUUUGAGAGGAAAUUUGCCAUAUGAUGAUGAAUUAUUGAAACCUCAAAUUGCUUUAUUGCGACAUGUUCUCCAACAGCCCUAUUCUAGAGACAUGAUGUGUUCUAUGCUAGGUCUUCAAAAACAACAUAAACAGCGUUGUAUAGCGUUGGAGGAUCAGUUGGUAGAAUUAAUGAUAUUACCAAUGGAAAAAAGUGAGCAAGAGAAUGAGGAUGAUGAGAUGUCUUCCACACACUGGUGUUGGCUACACUUAUCCUCGCAAGUUAUUUAUUUGAUACUAAUUGGGUUUGCUUCUUUCCCAAACAUAGUAAUGGGGCUCCAUAAUAAGCUCAUUGGGCAAGAUAUGAAGAAAGGUCGGGACCACUUGAUGUGGGUACUCCUACAAUUUAUUUCAGGAAGCAUACAGCGCAAUCCUCUGUCCAAUUUCCUUCCUAUAAUUAAACUGUACGAACUUCUCUAUCCAGAGAAAGAGCCAUUACCUGUGCCAGAUUGUGCCAAAGCUCAUUGUACACAUCAGAUGGCUGUUGUAUGCAUUUGGGCACAUUUGUUAAAGAAAGCGGAAACCGAACACAAAACAAUGACAAUACCACAAAAUUUGAAGGUCCAAUAUGAGUUCCUUCAACAUCUAAUGACUUCUAACAAUACCCCUACGAUAAUGGGUUCUGACUAUAGAAUAGCUCUGCUUUGUAAUGCAUAUUCAACAAAUCAGGAAUAUUAUGCAAGACCAAUGGGAAUAAUGAUAGAAAGUCUAUUCGGGAAUCAGAAAUCACUCCCGAAUGGUAACCCCGCUACACCAUUACCUACAGUUCCAUUGUCUAUGUGUAUUUUAGACAGUCUAACAUUGCAUUGCAAAAUGUCACUGAUACACUCUAUUGUGACGCAUGUCGCCAAAUUAGCGCAGAAUAAGACAAACAUGCCAGGGAGCAGUAUGAUGUCGCCGGCUUUAGUAGAAACAUAUAGUCGACUACUUGUUUACACUGAAAUAGAAUCAUUGGGAAUAAAGGGGUUUAUAAAUCAGCUGCUCCCUAAUGUUUUCAAGUCACAUGCGUGGGGGAUACUGCACAAUUUGUUGGAUAUGUUCUCAUACCGGAUUCAUCAUAUACAAUCAGGCUACAGAGUGACACUUUUAUCCAACAUACACUCAUUGGUUGCAUAUCCUCAAGCUAACCAAACUCAAUUGCAACUAUGCUUUGAAAGCACAGCUCUGCGUCUCAUUACUGGACUGGGAAGUUCUGGAGUACAGCUGCAAAUGUCCAAAGUGGUAUCUGAACCAAAAUCGCUAGUCUCGUCAGAGAGUGAAGAGCUGAACAGAGUUUUAGUUCUCACAUUGGCACGAGGCAUCUACAUGACGGGUGCAGGUAGUGACGGCGCUGCAGUGAAAGAGCUUUUGACUACAAUCAUGACCAACACCCCACACAUGUGGUCUCAGCACACACUGCAGUGUUUCCCUCCAGUUUUGGUUGAAUUCUUCGCACAGAAUCCAGCGCCUAAAGAGAACAAACAGUUGCUAAAGAAGUCUGUAGACGAAGAGUACCGCAAGUGGACCUCGAUGGCGAACGACACCGACAUCAUAUCGCAUUUCUCUGUGCCCGGCACACCACUCUUCCUUUGCCUCUUGUGGAAGAUGAUAUUCGAGACGAAUCGGAUCAACCCGAUCGCUUUUAAGAUUCUGGAAAGGAUCGGUGCCCGUGCGCUAUCGGCACACCUGCGCAAAUUCUGUGACUACCUAGUGUUUGAGGUGACCAACCCGGCGGGCGGGCCGCAUAUCAACAAAUGCGUGGAUGCCAUCAACGAUAUCAUAUGGAAGUAUAAUAUCGUCACCAUCGACAGGCUUGUCUUGUGUUUGGUACUUCGCCCCAAUCCAGAUGCCAAUGAGAGUCAAGUUUGUCUGUACAUCAUACAGCUUCUAUUGCUGAAAGGAUCUGAACUAAGAAACAGGGCACAGGAUUUCGUUAAAGAAAACUCGCCCGAACAUUGGAAACAAAACAAUUGGUACGACAAACACAUGGCGUUUCAUAGAAAAUAUCCCGAAAAGUUCGCUCCGGAAGAGUCCAACAGCACUUAUGGAGGGCCAAUACCAGUCUAUCUCAGCAACGUGUGUCUCAGGUUUAUCCCUGUUUUGGAUAUAGUGGUUCAUAGGCACUUGGAGAUACCACAAGUCAGCAAAAACUUGGAACAGCUGCUGGAACACCUUGGUUACUUGUACAAAUUCCAUGAUCGACCCGUAACCUUCUUGUACAACACGUUGCAUUACUACGAAACGAAGCUUAGGGACAAGCCUCUGUUGAAACGGAAACUUGUCACUGCCGUAUUGGGGUCGUUGAAGGAAGUACGUCCUUCCGGAUGGGCGACCACUGAGACCUUCCAGGGGUAUCUGGCCAAGACCGAGGUGGAAGCUACGGGAUGGUCCCCGGACCUCAAUUACUACUUGAGUUUGAUCAACAGAAUGGUUGAUACAAUGACUGGCGUAUCACACUUUCCAACAACAGACUGGCGAUUCAACGAGUAUCCGAAUCCCUCAGCCCAUGCCCUAUACGUGACAUGCGUUGAACUAAUGACGUUGCCUUUAACACCGAACUUCGUAGGAAACAGUCUACUGGAUGUCAUCACCAAGGGGUUUGUCGUCAUACCGGCGACGAAAAUUCAGCUCUGGAUAAACGCUGUAGGGUUGAUUAUGGCAGCGUUGCCAGAUCCUUACUGGACGGUUCUUCAUGAUCGCAUAUUGGAAUUGAUAGCCCACAGCGAUAUGACAGAGUGGCCUUUCGCACACAAUCCGUUCCAACUGUUCAAUUUCACGACUACCAACGACUCUAUAUUGGAGAAUCGCUACAGUUUAACGUUGGCUCUGGCCCAUGCAAUUUGGUACCACGCUGGGCCCGGACAAAUAAUGCAGGUUCUACAGUUUGUAAAAGAGAAGCUCGCACCAGAGAUCCACACAGAGGUGCAGAUGCUAUUCUUAUGCCACUUGGUGGGUCCGUUCUUGCAACGGUACACGGACAUAUCGAGGGCGGUGAUGGACAUCACUAUCACGCUGUACGAGUUGCUCGCGCACAUCGACAAGGCGCAACCGCAUCUGCUGUACAUUGACCCGAUAUGCGAUUUAUUAUAUCAUAUAAAGUACAUGUUCGUUGGCGACACAUUGAAAAACGAGGUGGAGGGGGUGAUACGGAAGCUUCGGCCCGCAUUACAGAUGCGGCUGCGCUUCAUCACGCACCUCAACGUGGAGCAGAUCAAUACCGCCUAGCAGCAAGACUACUACAGCUACACGCCUUCUAGCUCAAGCUCCAGCUCCGAGUGAAGUGUAGCUGUAGUGGUUAUUCACUACACACAAUAAUGACCCUUAUGUUCCAUUUAAUCAAGUGUUAUAAUCGCGUGUGGUAAUACACUAUGAUCCAAGCGCAGGGAGUGAUACGUGAAACUUCAGUCCGUGUACAGAUGCGGCUACGCUUCAUCACGCAUCUCAACGUCGAGCUGAUCAACACCGCUUAGCAGCAAGACUACAGCUACACGACUUCUGGCUCCAGCUCCGAGUGAAGUAUAGUGUUUGUUCAUUACACAAAAUAAUUAGCCUUAGGGCGCUUUUUAACAAGUCGAGACGGUUUCUACUUGAUUUUAAAGUUCUAUUUAGGAUGAGGUAGUGGUAAUUACAGGUAGGGCGUAAGCAAGGGCGUGCCGCCCUUCGUAGCCUGCCGCCCCGUUUUAAGGCAAUUGUAUUUUAAGAUAGGCCGCUGCCCCUUAAUGGCCCCUUGCUACGGCCAAGUUUGUUCACGAGCACGAUUUGUACGCGUGUAACUAACCUCCACGGUGUCUUAUACCUAACUGACACCCAGACGUAAAUACGGUUUAUACGGUCCUUAGACCUGGUGGGAAAUUGUCUCGUUAACAAGCACCCUUGUGUUGUACUUCUCAAGUGUCACAUUGAUAAGAAUUACACAAGUACAGCUACACCCCUUCUAGUUCCAUCUUCCAGUGAAGUGUAGCUGUAGUGUUUGUUCACUACACAGAAUAAUGAACCUUUUGAAAUACGACUCAAAUGCUACAAUUGUGUGUAUACAUUAGGAAUGUGGUAAGAAUAAUUUAUACCUAACAGAGAACUCGGCCACGCAAAUUUGAAUACAUUAAUCAUUUGUAAUGUAUAAAGUUUUAAUUUAAGUUUUGACCUUUAAUAUCAAUGUAUGUUAGGAACAUUUGUAUGUGUUUUCUGUAGUUUGUAUUGGUAGCUAAUAGUCUUCAUUUCAAUUUAUUAAACAAUGCUGGGCAUCGUUUGAGCAUAAUGGAGACUAGCGACUAUCUUCGCACGGCUACAGUACUCUAAUGAGAAAUUGGGAUUUUAAUAUAAAACACCAUCCCGCUUCCAAAUAUUCUGGUGGCGUUUCAUCUAAGAGACAAAAAUGAGAUUACCUGUGUUGCCGGUUUUUAGCGGUUCUUAAAUAGUGAUGUACUAUUAUCGGAAAUUAACGCUUUUAAAAUAUUUAGUGUCGUUUUUUUAUUUAAAAGCGUUAGAGUAAGUAUUAUCGGAACCGGAUUCCAAAUUAUGUGAAAGAAAAGUAUGACCGUUCGCCACCUAGCGUCAUAUCUGCCUGUAUGUUGUUUCUUUGAUAUAAAAUCAAAAAAUAAAAACGAACUUCAAAAUCCCAAACUUCCAUUUAAAAGUAAAAAAUGAUAUUGAAAAAUGGAGAAGAUUUUAAUUUUAUAUUACUUCCAAAUCCUAAUAGAACCCGCCCGAUUUCGUGUGAAUCGUAUGUUUUUUUUACUUUUUAUUUCCAUUUUCUAAAUUAUGCAGUUAGAUUUAAUUUUAUGUUAAAAAAUAAUUUUUAUUUCAUCCAUUUUAGUGUAAAGCGGCUACACAUUUUUGUCUCCGAGAUUAAAAAGCAGGCAAUUAAUGUGUCCGUGAUGCUAGCGUACCCACGAUCAA